AUGAUUUAAACUAAUAUUUCAAGUCUUAUUCAAUAUACACCUAAUCAGAUGUUCUCUCUUAAUAUCCUCAAAAUUUUAGCCAUGAUUUCCAUUUCUAUUAGUCAUUAUGCAAUUAUCAUUGGAUAAAAUCAUAGGCAGAAUAUUAUCAACAGCAAUUUCAUGAUUAUUAUGAUAAACUCAUUAUAUGCUGUUGAUAUAUUCUUUCUUGUUUCAGGUUUCUUACUUGCAAGAAAACUAUUAAAUAACCCAAAUUUCAUUUUAUCUCCUUUCCAAGCCAUUUUCAUCAUUAUUGAUAGAAUAUUUAGAAUAUACCCUUUAUAUUGGAUACUUUUAAUUAUUUACAUCAUAUUACCUAAAUUAUUUACUAAUAUAGGAUAUAAUGAAACUUGUUUAGAUAAUAUUUUCUAUCUUACUACUUUGACACACAAUAUUUUUAAUAAAUUUGGAUGCUUUGAAUGGAGUUGGUACAUAGCUGUAGAAAUCUAAACAUUAAUAUUCUUGUGUUUAUUUCUUCCAAUUAUUAAUCUAAUUGUAAAACAUAUAUUAUUAUAUUAGAAAUCCGUUUUGUUUAAAUCUAAAAUUAAAUAAAAAAAAGUUGAUACUAUUAAAGAUUUACAAAAUUACAUUGUAAUCUUAAUUAUUAUUAUGACAUUAUACAGUAUCAUUAUCUGCAUUUAAAAUAAUUUCAAGAUUUCUUUUUAUGCAAUGACUGAUAAAAACUUUUACUAUAAUUUUUAUUAAAAACCUUAACAUAAAAUGUCCUCUUAUUUAAUAGGAAUAAUUACUGGUUUUAAAUAUGAAAACAAAUGUUAUUCUAAUAUGAGUUAUAAAAUAUUGGCAUUUUUUGCAAUUAUCUUUUCAUUAAUAGGCUGGAUAUUUAUUAAAGAAUACUAGGAAUUUAUACCAGAUUUAAUUUAAAAUAUUUAUUAAUGUUUAUCAAGACCAAUAUUAUGUUUAGGAAUUGUAUUUUCAGGAAUAUUAGAGAUUAAAUCUUCAAAAUUUAUUGAGCAUUUAUUUUAAAUAUUUUCAAAACUUUUAUUUAGCAUUUAUUUAAGUCAUUACUUUCUCUAUUAAAUUAUGAUAGCCAACAAUUUUAUAAAAUUGGGAUUAAUUACAAAUUUUAUUGGUAAUUUAUUUUCUAAUUUUUAGUACAAACGUUUAUUAUAUUUACAGUUUCAUCAUUUAGCUAUGUUUUUAUAGAAUCAAAUCUUAAUUUAUUGAGCCAAAUAUGUUUAAGAUCAAUAUUGCCUCAAUCUAUAAAGAAUGAGAAAUUAAAAAAUUGA